UAGCAACAGAAAUGGAUGGUUUUAAAAAAGAAGAGGUGCCAUAAUAGUUUUAAAUUUUCAUUUCUAAAAGGCUAAAAGCAGAGCAAUUCGAGAAACCUUUUCUCAGUUUUCGUUCUCAAAAACUUUUGGUGGUUGUACCUUUAUCUAAACUCGGUGAAAUCAAAUAACUCGUUAGAGUUAACUCCAUCGAAUGAACUAUGCUGCGAUUAAGAAGCAGAGGCACCUCCUUUCUGGGUUCAGUAGAUGUUCCCAGUUUGAAGCGAAAAGCCCUUAAUUCUUGGGCUGCUGUUCAAGAUACCUACUUCUCCACCAAGGAUACAUUUGAGAGGCAUAAGGUGGUAUUUACAGUAGGAACUUCUAUAGCUUCGGUUGCUACUGCAUGGUUUGGAUACUCUUUACGGCAUUAUCAUGAAUCAAAAGUAGAUCAAAGGCUUGAAUCAAUUGAGAACACCAUGAGAAACAGUCAUCAUCUCGAGCAUGCAGACUUCAAAAAACUUGUUGACCCAGGACAUUCCAGAGCUGCUGCUUGGGUUGCCACGGCUGGUACUGCUCUCAUUGUUGGAUAUGGCUUGGGUUGGCGAGGUGGAACGUGGUAUGCAAAUAGAAAGUUCGGAAGGGAGCAGUUGAAACUACUAGGGCAGAUAAAACCUAAAAGGUGGCAAUUGCUCGGACAAAUGAAACCUCGAGGUUGGCAAUUCCGUUUCCUUAGAUCAUCACCAAGAUGCCGAGGGCCAGAAAGUGCUUCAAAAACAUCUGGAACAAUGCUAAAGAGCGCUCCCACCUCAUGUGAAUCCGUGGAAUCCCAUCAAUAAUAUUAAACUUAAUAGUUGCUGCUGCUGCAUUCUCGGAUCAAAUUUAGUUCCCUUUAGUUUUGCUUUUAUGUUGGAAAGAUUUUGCUUUGAGCUUUUGGUUUCACUCCAGGAUUGGAUGUAAUCGGUGCAGUUGUUGCUGUUUUUUUUAGCAAAAUUGCUCUGUUCCAUUGCCCCUUUCAGAACUAAACAUAGGCUGAGAUCAAGUCAAGCAAGGAGAGUGGCAGUGCCAAAAGAGGUUAAAUGGAUUAGUUAAUCAUAUAAAUUCUAUUUGUCCAAGCAUCGGUUGGUCCGGUUUGAAUCACUCUAAUAAAUUUUUUUUGUUUAAGUUUAAUUAUAAAAAUAUAUAAAUACUAGUAUAAAAAUAAUUCUAAUAAAUAUUUUAUUACUUAUGAAUUGUAUUGGGUCUUGGAUCCCAUUAUGUGAGAAUGCCCAUUAUGCACUCUGCCCUUUAGUGAGAAGAAAGAAGCUUUUUUACUUA